CUUAGAGUAGAUGAGUUGUUAGUCACAGAUGUAAUUUGUGUAAAUACUAAGUAAUUUAGAGAAAUUUACUUACACUAAAAUAAACAAGCAAACUGAUAAUAAAUAUAAUAUUUUAAAUAUAUAUUAUUUUUUUUUAUUAUGAUAGGUAUUAUUUUUUUAUUAUCAACGUUUUAUCGGAGUGUGUAUUUAUUCGUUUCAAAUGUUAUUACGCCAAAAAGUGAAUUUGUAAAUAGUUGGUAAUUGAAUGAACCGAAAUUGCUCAUUGAAAUGUUCCAGUAUUUUAUACAUACCUCCUAUAAUAUCGUACAGAAUUAUGAUAUUCUUUAAAAUUAUUAAAUCGGCAGUCGUUUUAAAAUUAUAAAAAUCGUAUUGAUCUCGGGCAGCAUCUGUUUUACGCCUCUGGCGAAGCACACAUAUUUUGAUACGUCGUAUGAAAUCUGUGUCAAUGAAUGCUGACAGUAGAAAUAACAGUCGCGGUAUGAGAUCUAAAUCGUUACAAGAUUUGCCUGAAGCUAGUACAAGCUCAGCGGCGCCUUCUCGUAAAAGACGUAUGCCGAGAUUUUCUUUACGCCGACUUUUGUAUUCAAAUACAUUUUUGGCAAGACAUCUGGGAAGUUCGCAAGGUGGCAAACGUCGAACUAUCAUUGCUGGUGGUCCUAGUGUAGCAGAUGUAACUGAUUUUGAAAAAGCUCCUUUGGGAUUUGGACAAAACUAUACAGAUCCUAAAAAAGUUACUCCAGUAUCAAACAUCAAAAUUGGUGCUCCAGUUGAUGGCCUAUUAGAGUGUCCAUUAUGUCUAGCAAAAUUUGAUGAAAAUUAUUUUGCUAAAUUGUCAACGUGUAAUCAUCGUUCCUGUUUUGACUGUUUUCAACAAUAUUUACGUAUAGAAAUAUGUGAAUCACGUGUAAAUAUCACCUGUCCAGAGUGUUCUGAAGCUAUGCAUCCAAAUGACAUACAAAGUGUGCUCAAUAAUCUAGCCCUUUAUGAAAAAUAUGAAGACUUCAUGGUACGGAGAGUGUUAGCAGUUGAUCCUGAUACUAGAUAUUGCCCUUCACCUGACUGCAGUUAUGCUGUCAUAGCUGCAGGUUGUGCCAGUUGCCCAAAGAUAAAAUGUGAACGUCCUGGUUGCGAUUCAUACUUUUGUUACCAUUGCAAAGCUGCAUGGCAUCCUAAUCAAACAUGUGAUUCCGCUAGAGCAAAACGAUCAUCAAAUAUGAGAACUUCAUCUUUAACAUAUAGUACAGAUUCACAAUCACGUGAAGACAUUAAGCCAUGUCCUCGUUGCCAGGUUUUAAUUGUAAAAAUGGACGAUGGCUCAUGUAAUCAUAUGACAUGUGCAGUUUGUGGAGCAGAAUUUUGUUGGCUGUGUAUGAAAGUAGUCAGUGACUUACAUUAUCUUAGUCCUUCAGGUUGUACUUUUUGGGGUAAAAAACCCUGGUCCAGAAAGAAAAAACUUUUAUGGCAAUUAGGUACAUUGGUAGGAGCUCCAGCUGGCAUUGGUUUAAUCGCAGGAAUUGCAAUACCUGCAAUAAUCAUUGGUGUACCUGUUUGGACUGGACGAAAAAUGUAUACUCGUUAUAGACAUUCAAGUCGAUUAAAACGAAAUUUUGCAAUUGCUGGUGGAGUAAUGGCGGCGUUAAUUGCUGCACCAGUUAUGGCCAGUUUAGCUGUUGGAAUUGGAGUUCCAAUAUUAUUAUUCUAUGUUUACGGUGUAGUUCCAGUAUCUCUGUGUCGCUCAGGUGGCUGUGGAGUUACUACAUCAUCAAAUGGAGUACAUUUUGAUUUUGAUGAAGAGCAUAGUGCUCCUAAAACAGUUAAUAUUGAUUACUUUACAACCACUGAUGGUGAUACUGUAAGUCAUGGUGCUGAAAUUGGAAAUCCUUCCAUUGGAGAACCGUCAUUCUGGAAUGAUUGGGAUGGUGAUACUGCAUUGGGAAGAGAUGCCGAUCGAGAAUCAGCAAGUACUGUUGCAUUAGCUGGCAGUUUAUUAGCUCAAAAAGUUGACAAUAGUGAGACUGCAUCAAUGCGAUCUGGCCAAAAAACUUUGACUGACGUGAGUGACGAGACACAAUCACAAUCGCAACAGCCUCUCAAUUUGUCUCUAAGUUCAUUAGAAGAGUUGACUGCAGGAUUGAUGCGACGAGUAUUAGGAAAUAGUGAUGAAACUGAUACUCCAGCAACAUCAAUUAGAUCGCGUACCACUACUGAAGUGCGUUUUGGCAAUACAAUCAGCAUUAUUUCUCCUAUUUCUCCCCCUGUGAUGGACUCCCAUCAAAAUUUUUUACCUAUUAGAGGGUUUGUAAGAAACUUACUCUGUAGAACAUCAAAUGAAUUACCAGCCAGCUCAUAAUUAUACAUUUUUUGUAUUAUGUUAUUUUCUGUACCUAUGAAAUUAUACCAUUUACAGGGCUUUAUAUUUUGCUCUCACUUAAACUGGUCUUUCUAUUUUUAGUUUGAUAUUUUCAUUAAUGUUUUGUUUUCAUGUGUUUACAACUAUAUUUGUAUAAUAUAUAUAAUUAUUAUAAUUUAUUUAUCAUAAAUAUAUAUAUUUAAUUUUUCCUUUAAAGCGACUGUGAUCACUGGGGUUUUAUUAUUAUAUUUGUUUAUUUGUUUUUUUUUUUUUUUUUUUUUGUCACAAUUAGUAGAUUAUUAUUACAACAAAUGUUAAAAAUAUAGAAUUUAUUAAUUGUAUGAAAAUAAAAAUAAAAUAGAAUGAGUUACAUUUUUCUGUAACGUAAUUUAUUUGUAUAAGAUUAAUUAUUGCAUUAUAGCUAUUAAAUUAACUCUAGAAACCAAAAUAUUGAUAAUUGUGUUAUUUAAUUAUUGUCUUGUCCCAUAUGUGUUCCAAAAAAUAUUUUUAAGUUAUAAAUAACCUAAAGUAAAUGUAAAGAGAUAAGAAAAAAUUUCAUUUCUAAGUACCUAAAAAAUAUUUUUUUUUGUGUAUUAAGCAAAAUACUCGCAGUCAAUAUUUUCAAUAAAUUUCUAAAAAUAAACUGUGCUUGGGCAUUUCAUUUUUUGUAUUCCUAUUAUUUGAAUAUUGGUAUUACAAAUGAAUUAUUUUCUAUUCUGCUCUCGUAAGCUAAACUACUAAGUUUAAAUAUAAUUGAUUUAAAACCAAUUUACAAGAUUGUGCAUAAGAAAUUUUGUUAAUAUAUCUGUACUUAUCCUAUCUAAAAAAAAUUUUCAAAAUAUAAAUCAAGUAACUAAACUAUUGUGUAGUAUAAAAUGCUCUUCUCAAAAAUGUUACUUUGUAGACUAUAUCUACUUACAGAAUUUCACCCUAUGAGAGCAGAUUUCUCCAUUUAUUAUUAAAGUAUAAUGGUUAAUAGUACUAAAUAUAAUGAAUGUCAAAAAUGUGAUAGUACUUGUUAAGGUCAAAUUAAAAAUCUCUUUUUAUUGGUUUAUCUUAAAUACAAAUAAUUGGUUAGGUAUCAAAUAAAGCUAUAAAACUAAACCAUACAUGUCAUGUGGUACAGGUAGGGUUGUUAAAUGAUGUUACAAAUGUACAAAAGACCAUGUAUUUCACCACUAUUUGUAGAUGGCACAUAGUAUAAUGUAUCUAUAACUCGAAUCCGGAUUUAUUAUACAAAUUCAAAAUAUGUUUCAUAUGGUCUGCAUAUUGGCCAAAACAGACAAGUGUUCAUUAAUCUUACUAGAAUUACAUUUUCUGAUUUUGUAUUUUUAUUAUUCAAUUUUGUAUAAUAUUUAAUAAUUAACAGUUUUGGUUAUUAUUAUAAAAAUUAUUAAUAAAUGUUUAACAAUACUUA